AUGAAGUAUAACAACGAACUAGAACCUCAAAAAAGUAUUUUCAUUCCUGGUUCCAUCAAUAUCUUGAAGGAAGAAGAUGUUGGUGAAAGCGGUUUCUCUGGUCAAAUCCAGCGUAAUAAGAAGGGGAUUAUCUUGAUGCCUCAACCUUCCUCAUCGCCCAAUGAUCCUUUGAAUUGGUCAAAGACAAGAAAGUACUGGCACUUUUUUCUCAUGUGUUUUGUAACCGGGUUGACAGCUGCCAUUUCCAAUGAUGCUGGUGCAGCACAAGAUUCCCUUAAUGAGAUCUACGGGAUCAGUUAUGAUGCCAUGAACACUGGUGCCGGUGUUUUAUUCUUAUUCAUUGGAUGGAGUUGUAUUUUUUUGGCUCCCGCUUCUUCCUUAUACGGUAGAAGAAUCACCUACCUCAUCUGUCUUUUGGCUGGUACUUUGGGGUCCGUAUGGUUUGCCAAAUCCAGAAGAACUUCAGACACGAUCUGGUCUCAAGCAUUUGUGGGGUUAAGUGAAGCCUGUGCGGAAGCUCAGGUCCAACAAUCGUUGUCCGACAUUUUCUUUCAGCACAACUUGGGUUCGGUGUUGACUGCUUAUAUUAUGGCUACCUCCAUCGGGACUUUCUUGGGUCCAUUGAUCGCUCAGUACAUCUCUGAUAAUACGUCAUUCAGAUGGGUCGGUUGGUGGGGUGCUAUAAUCACAGGUGCCACUUUAAUCGUGUUCAUCUUUGGAUGUGAAGAAACCGUUUUUGAUAGAGAGGCAGCUUACGCCAGAGAUAACACUAUCGUGACCCAUAAGGGAGAAGCUUCAACAGCAAACGUUAAUGAAUACUCCUUGAAGAAGGAGUCGUCUCGUGCUCAAGUAUCUCCUUACGACGAAUCGUCUUCUGGAGAAUCUGUUGAUGACAAUAACAGGGCAUUAAAUAGCUCAGAAGCACCCAAGUCUUAUACGGAUAAUGUGGCUUUAAUCACACCUGCUAGCUAUUUGGAAGGAUGGGGGUUCAAGCAGUAUGUCAAACGUUUCUUCUUGUAUUUCAAGAUCUUCACUUUCCCUGCUGUUUGGUUGUCAGGAAUGUUGUGGGGUUUGCAAGAUGCCUACUUGUCGUUUUACUUGACCACCGAAGAAGAUUAUUUCCCUGAUGCUCCUUGGAACUACUCAGGUAAUGCAGUGGGUAUCAUGAACGUUGCUACCUUGGUAGGUGCUGUUAUUGGGUGUCUUGUAGCAGGUAUUCUUUCUGAUUACCAUGUUAUGUGGAUGGCUAAAAAGAAGAAUGGUGUCUAUGAGCCAGAAUACAGAUUGUGGUUAAGUUUUAUCACCUUGAUUAUCUCUCCAGUUGGUUUAAUCAUGUUUGGUGUUGGAGCUGAAAGACAAUGGCCCAAAUCUGUUAUUUAUAUUGGCUUGGGUUUCAUUGGUUACGGUUGGGGUACCAUUGGUGACAUUUCUAUGUCCUAUUUGAUGGAAUCUUACCCCAAGAUUGUCAUUUUGGGUAUGGUGGGAGUUUCCAUCAUUAAUAAUUCUUUGGGAAGUAUCUUUACCUUUGUUUGUUCUUAUUGGUUGGAUUCCAGUGGAACUGCAAAUACUUAUAUUGCAUUGGCCGUCAUAGACUUUGUGACCAUUGCCUGUGCCAUCCCUACCAUUUACUGGGGUAAGUCUUGGAGAAAACGCACCACGAAGGCGUAUUUGGAACUUGUUGAAUUGGGUUUGAGUUAG